AUGACAGUGAAGCCAAAGCAUGAGCUCUCAUCUGAUGAGGAAGAUAUACCACUUAACUCUCAAAAAAAGAGAAGAAGAGCUAACGCUACCCCAGCGAAUGGGAAUGACAUCAAAAUAGUGAAAAAGGAGGAAGAUGGAUAUGACAGUGACGAGGCGCUGUCCAAGGUUUCAAGGGCAUCCAAAGUGUCCAAGGUGCCAAAAAAGAACAAGAGUCAAAAGAAGAAGAAAGAAGUUCCACAGAAAAUUGUGAAAGAGGAGACUGCAAAUGAAGAAGAUGAAUCAAGAGACGCGUCAAUAGAUGCCGAGGAUUUCAAAUGGUGGGAGAAUCAAAAUAAAGACGAUAGCAUCAAGUGGACAACCUUGAGACACAACGGUGUUAUUUUCCCCCCAGAUUAUCAGCCACUACCUUCUCACAUCAAACUGUAUUACGAAGGUACUCCCGUGGCUCUGCCUCCUCAGGCGGAAGAAGUUGCAGGGUUUUUUGCAGCAUUACUUGAGUCUGAACACGCCAAGAAUCCAGUUUUCCAAAAGAAUUUCUUUGAGGAUUUCUUGCAAGUGCUGAAAGAAAGUGGUGGGGCCAAGAACAGCAUUGAAAUUAAAGAGUUCGAAAAGUGUGAUUUUCGAAAAAUUUAUGAUUAUUUUGAGUUGCAGAAAGAGCAAAAGAAGCAAUUGAGCCCACAGGAAAAGAAGCAGCUCAAGCUUGAAAAGGAAGAAUUUGAAGAACCAUAUAAAUUUUGCUUUUUAGACGGCAGGAAAGAGCAAGUGGGUAACUUUCGUAUCGAACCUCCAGGUCUUUUUAGAGGCCGUGGCGCGCAUCCAAAGACUGGUAGACUGAAGAGAAGAGUGUAUCCAGAAGAUGUUGUUUUAAAUUUGGACAAGGAAGCUCCCAUCCCCGAAGCACCUGAUGGCCACAAAUGGGGGGAGAUAAGACACGAUAAUACUGUUCAAUGGCUUGCUAUGUGGCGUGAGAACAUUUCAAAUUCUUUCAAAUACGUUCGUUUUGCCGCCAAUUCUUCUUUGAAAGGUAUCAGCGAUUACAAAAAGUUCGAGAAAGCUAGACAACUGAAAGAGCAUAUUGUGACUAUCAGAGCUGACUACAGGAAAAAUCUGAAAAGUAAAGUUAUGCUUGAAAGGCAAAUAGCGGUAGCAACAUAUUUGAUUGAUGUAUUUGCUUUGAGAGCUGGUGGUGAAAAGUCUGAAGACGAAGCAGAUACAGUUGGUUGUUGCUCCCUAAGAUAUGAGCACGUCACUUUGAAACCGCCCAAUACUGUUAUCUUCGAUUUCCUCGGUAAGGAUUCUAUUCGUUUUUACCAGGAGGUGGAGGUUGACAAGCAAGUUUUCAAAAACUUGACAAUUUUCAAAAAGCCACCCAAGAAACCCGGCCAUCAAUUGUUCGAUAGACUCGACCCUUCAAUAUUGAAUAAGCAUUUGCAAAAUUACAUGCCGGGCCUCACCGCUAAGGUGUUUCGUACCUACAACGCUUCAAAAACAAUGCAGGAUCAAUUAGACCUGAUUCCAAACGAAGGAACGGUUGCUGAAAAAAUGCUCAAAUAUAAUGCUGCCAAUCGUACCGUUGCUAUAUUGUGUAAUCACCAGCGUACUGUCACCAAGGGGCAUGCCGCUGCAGUACAGAAAGCUACCGAGAAGAUUGAAGAGUUGGAAUGGCAGAAGAUAAGAUACAAGAGAGCGAUACUAGAAUUGGAUAAAAGCGAGUUGAAAAAAGACCCCAAAUUUUUUGAGGAAAUUGAAGAUUUAACUAAAGAAGAGGAGGCUUCGAUCCACAAACGUGUUAUCGAAAGAGAGCGUGAAAAAUACAAUAAGAAAUUUGCAAGGGAGAACGAGAAACGUAAGUUCGAUAAAGAAGAACUGCUUCCCGAGUCUCAGUUGAAGGAGUGGCUCGAGCGUGUUGACGAACUGGAGGAGCAGUAUAAGAAAGAGCUGGAAACAGGAGAGAUCCAACUUAAAGCCACUCUUCAAAAUGUUGAAAAGCUAAGAGCUCAAAUCGACAAAUUAGAUCAGCGUAUCGAAACAAGCACUAUUCAACUGAAAGAUAGAGAAGAUAAUUCUCAAGUUGCUCUAGGAACCUCGAAGAUUAACUAUAUCGAUCCGAGAUUAUCUGUCGUGUUCUGCAAGAAGUACAAUGUUCCCAUUGAAAAAGUUUUCACCAAGUCACUUAGAGAUAAGUUUAAAUGGGCCAUUGAAUCAGCUGAUGAGAAUUGGCGGUUUUGA